AUGGGUUGUCAAUUAGAACUCACAGAUAGGAUCACAGCUGAAGAAGCAAGUGUUCAGCGUAUGGAGGAACACAUAAGGCAGAAAGAGGCCAAACUCCGACAAACCUCUCCUUCGAUGGUUACCAACCUUGAGAGCUUGCGCCAUGAUAAGUGGCUCAACUUUCAGUUAAAUCUACACAUUCUGAAGGAUCAGAUUGUUUCCAAGCUUCAUGCAUGGAAGUUUGAGUUGGCAAAUCUGGAUCAUGCAUAUCACAGUCAUAUGCUUGAUCAGAAGACCCAGGAUCAGGCUGGGAGAGCGAUAAGACAUCAUGAGCCUGGUAUCAUGGCUACUGUCAAACAUUAUAACAAGAAGUGGAAUGAGAUGCUGUGCAUGCAGUUGGCAGGCAGCACUCCUGCGAAUGCAGUUGUGCCACCGGAGCUCAACAUGACAGUCAUUUUUGAUCUUGAUGUCAAUGCAGACAUUUGGUUAGAUGCUAGUGUGGAAGACCUUGGACAGUUCCCAGAUGCAGCAGUGCGGCAUGCAAUGCAGAUGUGUAGCAGAGACCCUGAUGCCUUGUAUUUCCUUGGUCUUGUAGAGAAGAGUUUGGUGGCGGUACUCUCGGACUGGAGGAAGCAUUUGACCACUGGACCAUUUGAGUGGACAAUGCUGAAUCAAAUGCUGGUCAGUCCCCUAGUGUUUCUGCCAGCAACACCAUCCCUGGUUGUUGCCCACCUACCACCUUCGGACCUGGACAUGUCACCUCAACUGCAGCAUGAAGUCCUAGGCAUUGAAGAUGGAUAUGAUAGUUCAGAUGAUGACACGGCAAACAGCGAAGCAGAAGAUAUUGCCCAAGAGGGGGAUUUCACGGUCAUUGUAGACCUGGAUCAUGCGACAGCAACAUUGGGUGAUGCAGGUGGGGAGAAUGGUGCCACAAACGGGGACAGUGAUGAUGAGCUACAGACCUCAUAG